AUGGUCAAGUCACGGUCUUCCUGGUCUUGUCGCUUGCCGGCUCUGAUACGCACAUUUCUGAUCCUCUUAACCGCUCCUCUCCUGGCCAUCGCGACCGCAGACAACAAGGCCAGAGAAACCCCAUGGAUCGGCUGGGGUGGCAGCAACUACAACAACCGUUGGGCCUCGACUAACUCCAAGAUCUUUUCUUCCAACAUCCGCAGCGUUUCCGAGCACUGCCAUGUUCCCGGCUAUGGAGGUGGUAUAACCGCUACGCCUUCCGUUGCCGAGGGAAUCGCCUACUUCCCCGCCUGGAACGGCUCACUCGUAGCCUUCGACUACACCUCCUGCAAAGUCAAGUGGGACAUCAACGUCACCCAAGUGAUCCUCGACUACGCCCCCGUCGACCCCCUCCAAGCCGCCGUUGCGCCCUAUCCAGUCUCUCGAACCACCCCUCAGCUCGAUCUAGAAAACAACAUCAUCUACUUCGCCACCCUCUGGAACGCCCUCCUCGUCGCCGCCGACCUCAGGACCGGCAAAAUCCUCGCCAAGCACCGAAUCAACGCCCACCCCUUGGCCCAAGUCACCCAAUCCCCCACCCUCCUAGGCGACAUCGUCUACUCGGGCGCCUCCUCCGCCGAAGAAAGCGUCGGUUUCCUCCCGGGUGUCAACUACACCUGUUGCACCUUCAUCGGCAACGCAAUCGCCGUCCGCUUCAACCGCAAAGCCCGCAAAUUCACCACCCUCUGGGACGUCCCCAUGAUGCCUCCCAACGACGACCCCUCCGAGCCAGGCUUCUGGUCCGGCAGCGCCAUAUGGGGAAGUCAGCCGUCCAUCGACCCGAAACGCCGCACCAUCUUCUACGCAACCGGUAACCUCUACAGCGUUCCCGACCCAUGGCUAGCUUGCACCGCCGACCCAGCGCACCCCACAUGUGAGCUCCCCUCGAGAGUCUGGCAAGAAGCAGUCGUAGCCCUCGACCUGGAAACCGGAAACGUCAAAUGGGUGCGCCGUCUAGGCGUCCUAGACGCAUGGAGCGUCGCCUGUCUAAACGCUACUUUCGACGCAGGUCUGUGUCCGCAAACGCCCGGUCCAGACGCAGAUUUCGGUAUGGCGCCUGCUUUCGUCCCCGGCAAAGGCAAAAAGGGCAAAGACGUUGUCGUAGUCGGGCAGAAAAACGGAAACCUCUACAGCUUGGCAGCUGACACGGGCGAUCUCGAGUGGGCGGUGUCUACCGGCCCGGGAGGUCAAGGAGGCGGGUUAACCUGGGGAAUAGCAGUUGAUGACCGACGGGUAUAUUACGUGACGGUAAACUCGGAGGGUGAGACCUGGACUCCUGCGCCGCAGCAACCGCAGUCUAGGUCGGGACCUGCCAAGAGUACCAACGGGAGCGCGUACGGAGCCGCUGACUUGGAGACGGGGGAGAUCUUGUGGGAGACGCCGGCGCCGGAUAAUUGGCUGGUGGGAAAUCCGCCGACUGUUGUGGGGGAUUUGUUACUGCUUGGAAGGAAGGUUGAUACGCCGGCGCAAGGUCAGCUUGUGGUGUUGAAAAAGUCAACGGGGGAGAUCAUCUUGGACAAAGCGCUUGACUCCCACUUCACGGGCGGGAUUGCGGUGGCAGGAAAGAAUCUGCUCUUUGGGACGGGCUUUCAUGGGGUGAUUCCUGGAUCAUUCUACGUCUUGUCUGUGAACUAG